UGAUGUGUAGAGUCAAACUGCCAGAACGUGUCACAAUGUGUGCGACUGAAGAGGGUGGUUCGCCUGAGGACGGUCUGCUUGUACACCCUCUCUGUGAUCAUCAGUCCAGCGCUUCAUGCGCUGCGACCGUAUACGUGAAUGACAGACCAGUCUGUGCCCUUCUCGACAGCGGAGCAGCUGUGUCCAUGGUCAGCCGCGCAGCGUUGGAGCUGAUCGGCACCAGGGAGGCGGAUGUGAUUCCCAGCGCUGUAUCAGUUCGAGGCAUCGGAGGACUCACCAACUGCACCGGCUAUCUCGAAGCAGACGUGGCCUUACCUGGGGACGGGGACCCACAAACGGAAUGCAGUGACGCUGAAGACGUUCUUCUGCCUGACAGCCGAGAGCGAAUCCCAGACAUCGCCUCUGUCCGAGAACACCAACACCAGGAUCGUCUUCUUCAUGAGCUCACUAGCCAUGUUCGGCAGAAGCUGACAGAACAAGAAUUGCCCAGAGAACUGGAACAUUUCGAUCACUUCUCCAAGUGGGCGGUGGCGGUACCAGUAAGGAGGAAGACGUCUGCUGCGGUUGCAGUCGCCCUGGAACAGCGAGUCCUGCCAGUUCUUCUGCGCAGGCCUGCGCGACUUCUGACGGACAAUGGUGGCGAGUUCGUGGGUCCGGAGCUUCAAGAGGUGCUGAGGAGGUGGGGGAUCCAGCAGACAUUCUCUACACCCUACAGACCGCAGGGCAACGGAGCUGUCGAGCGGCUGAACCGCACCCUGAGUCAGGAGCUUCGCAUGUUGUCUGCCGACAAGCCUGGAGACUGGGACCUACAUCUUCCGAAGGCCAUGGCGACCUACAACGGGACCAGCCACUCUCAGCUUGGUGACUCUCCAGCAGAUUUUCUGCUGAAGCAGAAGCACGGUGGCGUCAGCGUUCCGCUGGUAUCGGUGGAGCGACAGAGCUGCUGGCGGCCUGGAAACCCGAGCUUCGCGCCAUUCGAAGUGGGCCAGCUGGUUAAGCGGGAAACGCAGCGACCUGGUAACCUGCUGACUGGCAAGUUCGAGCAGCGAUUCGACGGUCCCUUCAAGGUGAAGUCUCUGAACAGCAAUGACGUCACCUACACUCUGGAGAGGGACACCGGAGCCGAGCUGAGGGCGCAUCACACGCAGCUUCGCCCGUGGAUAACUGCACCGUCCUACCUGCGCCGGCUCGAGGAGGUGCGAGAAGAUGGAGAGGGCAGAGGCUGCAGCAUGCACCCUCCUCUACCGGCCGGUGGGGUGCUGACUUCUGUUGGCUCAGCGGGCGAGCGGCGUCUUCCAGGCAUCUUGAAGAACACUCGUCGGGCCCAGGAUCGGUCCCAGCAAACGACGCCUCCUCGUGUGAGCAGCAGUGCCCAACAGACGACGCCUCCUCCUCGUGUGAGCAGCAGUGCCCAACAGACGACGCCUCCUCCCAAGAACGACGGCGCUCAGCUGGCUGUCUCCCGCCCACCGGCUAGCGCUCCUCAACAGAGGACUCGCGCGACCUCAGCGGCUAAGCGGACUGUGAGGUUUGAUGACGUGGGCCGGGAGAUACCCAGGCGGUCGGGCCGUGUCAGAGAAGCGCCAGAUAGGUGGGGCUAUAGUUAGAAUGUCGUGUGUGAUUCUUCUUGUUUUUGUUUUGUUGUUUUUCUUGUGCUGCCGGCAGUAGCCGACCCAGCUGAUCCAGCUGCUGCUGCCUCCCUCUGACGUGCUCUUCGACUGGUUGUCGAGCACGCGCCUGUUGGUUUCUCCGCGUGCGCGGUGGACGUGACGCGUCACCCCACCGUAUAAUCGAUGAAGCAGACGACCGCCUUCAUCGUCACGGUGGCCGAGCUCGUCCUCAAGUUGUGUUGUGUUUUGGUAUAUGGCAUAGGCGUUUUGUAUCAGCGUGAGCGUAAUGACGUGUUGGAAGAGGUUAUGUGAAUUGGCGCUGUUAUGCUGUUAUAACGGUGAUUCUUGUGUUUUGGUCAUAGCGGUGAUCCUUGUGUUUUGAUGUGGGCGAGAUGCUAAAGGGGGGAGAUGUGGACGUGUGGUAUUGGAAUUUGCA